AUGAAAACGGUCUGUAUAUUUAACAUGAAUAAGUCAAACAUUACGUUUGGUGAAAUGUCUUCGAAUAUAGUUUCGAAUUUGAACAAAAUUGAAUUUGAGAGUGACACAAAUUGUGGAAUUGCAAGUACUGAUAUUCCAGUAGACAGCGAGACGCAUGAAAUUUUGUGUAUCUCACUCGAUAUCAAAAAAGGCGAACAAAUUACAAAUAAAAUCAAAAUUAAAGCAAAAACCAUUUUGACGACUAAAUUGAACAAUUCCGAGUUGUUAGAAAAUGUCAAACUUGGCGAAGGAAGUUUUGGGAUUGUAUACAAGGGCACUUUUAGAAAACAAGAUGUUGCCAUUAAACGACUUAAAAGUGUCACAGAUGAUAAUAAGUCGGUGGAAGAAUUUGAAAAGGAAGUUUCUAUGUUGGACAAAUUCCGAAGUGAGUACAUCAUCCACUUCUAUGGCGCAGUCUUUAUACCAAAGAAAAUCUGUUUGGUCACCGAAUUCGCGAAAUAUGGGAGUUUACAUGAUCUUAUGAAAAAAUCUCAGAACGGCUCAAAAAGUACGUCAAAAAGGGAAUUGAAUACCGAUAUAAAUAACACCAAACCCGAUAUCACAAUAUUAAGAAAAUUCAUAUUGGAUAUGGCAAAGGAAAUAUCGUUUUUACAUAACAAUGGCAUUGUACAUCGAGAUAUUAAACCAGACAAUUUACUCGUGUUUUCACUUGAAAUGAAUGACGAAAUAAAUGCCAAAUUAACUGAUUUUGGAAGUGCAAGAAACAUUAAUAUGAUGAUGACUAAUAUGACAUUCACGAAAGGUAUUGGGACACCAAAGUACAUGGCGCCUGAAGUCUUAAAUCGAGAGAAGUACAAAAUGCCGUCAGACAUAUACUCAUUCGCUAUUACGAUGUAUGAAACAUUUAAUUGGGGAGAUGCAUAUCCUAAAAAUAAAUUUCAAUAUGCCUGGAGCAUCGCAGACUUUGUUACAAGCGGAAAACAUCUCGAAAAGAAUCAGAAUAUAGGGAAUGAAGAAUUCGAUAUCAUAGAAAAGAUGUGGUGUACAGACCCACAUAACAGAGUUGAGAUUGAUAAAAUUAUCGAUGCUAUUAAUCAUAUAAUUCAUUAA